GACUCCAGAGACUCAGCUCAGCUAAUUAGCAAUCAUCAAUGUGAUUAGUGUGAUGGUGCUAAAGGCGGUGUCUGCAGGGGUGUCAGUCAACAUGUAAAGAUGUAGUGAAAGUAGAGAUGAAGAACUAAAAAUCUCACUCUGGCGCUAGAAUCAAAUAGCAUUGUGGGUAAUGUGGGAAAAGUGAAUACACACACACACACUUGUUUAAAUACAGGAAGUCGCCGACUUACGACCACGAUGGUCGUAACUCGAUUUGGUCGCAAGUAGAGUAGGCUAAAUGUACAGUACUGUAAAAUGAUGCCGGAAGCUGGUACGCACGGUCGUACGCCGCGGCUAGCGAUUGUGGUCGCGAUUAAAGUCGCAUAGGUCGUAAGUCGACGACUACCUGUAUCGUUAGAAAAUAAGUCCAUAAUAAAUAGAGCAAAUGCUAAUUAGAAAUGUUUAAAAUAUUAAGGGUGGAGUUUGCCUUGAAUCGUAUUUCAAUUAAACAAAUAUGUGCUAAUGUCAGAAAUGUUUCUAAAAAGGUUUAAGUGAAAGAAUACCCAAAAGUCUUAAACAUAUGCAUAACAGAAGAAUCCUAACGAGAGUUUAUAACGUGAAGAACUGCUUUCGUGCCUUGAUUGUGUGGAAGUUUUGAUGACCUCCACGUGGCCUUAGCUGAGUGAACCAGCGUCUAACUUUAGAGACACAACAAUCCUAACAGUGGACGGAAACAGAGCAGAACGUAAAGUCCCUUGGGCCAGCUAGAACUCUGUAAUCGCGAUCAGACAAGCCGCAGACACCAAGCAGAGGAAAGAGCGACAUGGGAACGCAGAAGAACUUGUGCUCUUACACGAGGAUGCCAGAUUGAGCAAUUAUGGUGACUCUCCAGCCUGCUCUCCACACAAUGUUCGACAAUUCACAAUACCCUUACAACUGCUUUAAUUAUGAUGGAGAUUAUCCGUCCUGUGGAACUGAGGAGGAGAAGAAAGUGUGCAGACCUGCUUACAGUUAUAUUGCGCUGAUAGCCAUGGCCAUUCAGCAGAGCCCGGAGAACAAAGUCACCCUAUCGGGCAUCUAUGAGUUCAUAAUGAAAAGAUUCCCUUAUUACAGAUCCAACCAGAGAGCCUGGCAAAACUCCAUCCGCCAUAAUCUCUCCCUCAACAGCUGCUUUAUAAAGGUACCCCGCACCGAGGGCAAUGAGAAGGGGAAGGGAAAUUACUGGACUUUUGCCACAGGCUGUGAGUCCAUGCUAGACCUCUUUGAAAACGGCAACUUUCGUCGGCGCCGUCGUCGGCGACGCAACUUAAGCUUGGGCUUCAGGGAGCCGUCUGAACCCUUCAGCCCCAUGGACCCUCAGCAGAACACCACGGCAAGGUCGCUUCAUCCUGACUCUUUUUAUCCAGAGAGUUCAAACCACAGAGUGGACCAGCGCAACCCUCCUCUCAGCAAACCCGAGCCGGAGAUUAAAUUCAGCAUUGACUACAUUCUGUCCACACCAGACCCCUCACCAGGGUUUAGACCUCCACACAGUGGCUCUGCAGGAGCUAUGAUACAGCACCUGGAACCUCAGCAGCUCAACCUGCACUUCUGGACCCUGUAAACUACAUAUUCUGGAAAAGACUGAAAAAAAAAUCAUGAAAGCACACUCAGAAACGUGGUGAAAAACAAUAAUAUGAUGAUUGUUGUGUCGAGUUCAUCAGAAUUUUGAGAUCAAAUCUUUAAACACCAUGUAGGUACAAAUACCAAAGCCUGGACUAGUACUCAAGGUGCAAUGGAUUAAUGAUAAAAAAAAAAAAAAGAAAUCUGUAAGUUAACAAAUGCACAGAACAUUUCUUUAUUUGGCUUGUUAGCGGAAUUCUUUCUCCUCUCUAUACAAACAUUCGUGAUGAUUGGGAGUAAACUUGUAGGAUUUGUUUCCAACUGAAGAACACAAAGG